CAGCUCCUUCACCUAACAAUUCGUUUGUUCCCAUUUCCCCCGAUCUUCAAAUCCAUUUUCCUGUUAUUCUAUCUUCAUUCCCAGUUCCCACUGAUUCACCUUCAAUUUUCAAUAUUUACCCUACCCUUUUCUCUCUUGAUGCAAAUUCUUCUUUGUUUGUAGGCAGAAAAUACAACAGUAAUUCCUCUUCCACUCUCGUAAGUCUACUCUUAAUUCUCUCUAGUUACGCUUGUUUGAUCCUAGUUUUGUGUUGGGAUUCCUGAUUAAACUUUCAGGGUUCUGUGUAAAGGAGAAAGGUUGGGUUUUUGUUGUCCUGUUUGAAUUUCGGUUUAGAUUGAAGCUGAUUUGAUCUAGAGAUGCGCUAGAUCAAUAAAGCCAAGAAAAAGGUGUGUUCUUUAUUGUUUUUAUUUUAUAAUUCAUGUAUCUUGGAAUUUGGUCUUAGGAUCUAGUGUAUUGGUAUUAGCUUCUUUGUUUGAUUCAAUUCCUGGAACCUUGGUUUUGGUGAAAAUUUGGGUAUUCAGGUGGGAAAUUUGAAUGGUAUGAGAUCUUGAAUGUUAAGUGUUCGAUGAAUUGCCUCAAUGAACUGAUGUUUUUAUAGACAUGGAUAAUUCUGAUUAUUUGGGUGGUAGACACGAUGAGCGUUUGGGUGUUAACAAGAUUGGGAAAAAUAUUAGGAAGAGUCCACCACCACACCAACCCAAUUUUGCAAAUCCGGCAAGACAACCACCGCCGCCUCAGGUGUACAACAUCAACAAAAAUGAUUUCCAAAGUAUUGUUCAACAGCUUACAGGUUCACCUUUACACCAUUCGCAAGAACCACUUGCUAGACCUCAUCAAAACUCACCAAAACCCCCUAGCAUGCGAUUGCAAAGGAUCCGUCCACCAAGAUUAGCGCCUAUUAAUGUGAAUAGACCCCAAAUGCCAGUUCACCCCCGCCCACAAAUGCCGCCAAGGGGAUCCAUUUCUUUCAAUAAUAAUCUUGCCAGACCUGCCCAAUAUGGUCAACCACCGCCACGGCAGGCUAUGGUGCCACCACCCAUGACUGGUGGCGAUCAUAUGGGGUGGGCAAACACAGCAGAGUCUCCUAUCUCUGCUUACAUGCGUUACCUUCAACAUUCCAUCAUUGAUCCAGCCCAAGGACAUCCUCAAGAUCAUCCUCAAUAUCAGCUGCGACCUCAAACUCCAGGCCAAAUUCAAAGUCAGCAAGGACAAUCUUCUGGAUUGCAACCUCACCCAUCUUUCCCUCCUUUUCCAUCCCCAAGAAUGAACGGUUUACCACCUCCUUUUCCAUCCCCAAGAAUUAACGGACCACCGCCUCCUCUUCCAUCUCCAAGAAUAAACGGGCCUUUUAUUCCACCAUCACCUAAUUCUCAGUUCCUUUUGCCAUCGCCCUCCGGUUACUUGAAUUUGUUGUCUCCUUUAUCACCUUACCCGCUCAUUUCUCCAGGGUAUCAACAUCCUCCGCCUUUGACUCCACUUUUUUCCUUCUCACCCAUGGCGCAGUCGGGAAUCUUGGGUCCUGGGCCUCAACCUCCACCUUCUCCCGGGAUGGGAUUUCCGUCUCCAGGGUUUUUCCAACUACCAAGUCCAAGAUGGAGGGAUUAGCAGGAUAAUGGCAAAAAGAUGCCAACAGUUUGUGGAUUCAGUGGUUAGGUUUGCAUCAGAAUCAUCCCAGAGGCUUCUAAUGGGAGUUUCACAAGCCAAAAUGCAGGAAACAUUUGUUGUAAGAUAGUCUUUAGGAAGGGUGAUUUAUAUAGUUCUUUGUUUAUAAACUCCAUAUCCAUGUUUAGGAUAUUUGUUUAGAAACAAUGAAAUGGCAUGUUUUAAUUUAGUUGUUUUAGUGAAGAUUCAGCAUUUAUUUGUAA